AUGGCGCCGCUGCUGAGAACCAGGGAAUUCAAGGAAGAUGCUUAUGAAAAUGCAGCAGUGGGCUCUUCUCUUCAGGUAGUAGCGAUGGUACCUGCUGUGCAUCGGCGACCGCCAUUGUCAUCCUCUGCUUCUCUUGGGGAGUAUGACCUGAAGAGGAAAGGCAGCAAGCGAGCUGCGGUGAUCAGUUUGGGGAGGAAGUUGAGCGGCAAAUUGGAAGAAAAGAUACGACACAUUAUCGAGAAGAUUAAGGAGAGUUCUGGAAAGGAGCAAUAGCUUGGAGACAAACACCCAGUUAGUUAGAAGUACAUAUUAACCAAAAUUUAUAUCCUUGCUUAUUCCUC